AGCGGUGGCACGGUGUACACUUAUAAUCAAAUAGAUGUGAUAAAAAGCUUAUCAUUCUGCUAUAUUACUUUGAAAUUUUUGUGUCUUUUUUGUCAGAAAAAUUAUGGAGCUACAGCUAUCAAGGGUCGAUUAUCAGCAAGUCGGUCUAACAGCAACAAAAUGUUUGAAAAUUUUGCCCGCAAGUGCAUCUCGAGCUCAACAAAAAGUUGCUGUGGGCGACUGCGACGGACUGCUGCAAUUAUUCUCAAUGAAAAGGGGAGCGUUGCAGCUAGCCUUUAAAACCGUACCUGGCAAAUCCAUUACUCGACUUGAGCUCGGAGGCGCGCUGAACACUCCCAAGGACAAGAUUUUUGUGUCAGCUGGCAACGAAGUUCGCGGCUACACAAAGAAAGGGAAACAGUUUCUAGGAUUCGACACAAACCUCGCAGAAGACAUUAAAUCCAUGCACGUGAGUGGCAGUGAUCUCCUGGUGUGCGGGGACUACGUCUACAGCCACUACAAUGACUGCCAGGAAGCCAACGACUUUCUAUGUCCAGACAAAAUUUCCGAUGUUCUUUCUCUACCAGCCGAAAAAGUGAAGGACAUGGUGCCAGUCAUCGCAGGCGAGGACCGCCUGGUGCGGGUGCUGCGUGAUCACGAGGUCCUGUACAGCCUCGAGCUGCCCGGCACUCCUUCCGCCCUGCACCUCUUCUACGGCGACGCUGGCGAGACCGGCGACCUGGUGCUCUACGGCACCACUGACGGCAGGCUGGGGCUCAUCCAACUUGGCAGGAGCGCCGCCAGUCACCGCUGGGUGUGCGACACGUCCAGCCUGGGGAGUGGACCGGGAGGCGGGGCAGCAGCCACCACCACAGCGGGGGGCAUCACCUGCAUGGAUCACCACGACAUGACGGGUGAUGGUGUCAAGGACCUCAUCGUAGGGCGGGACGGAGGCGCCGUGCAGGUUUUCGCCUACGAGGACGGCGACGAGAUGGAGCCCACGCUGCGCUUCACUACGGCCAUCAGUGAGAGCGUGACGUCGGUGGCCGGAGGUGUGGUCGGUAACGCUGACUACGAUGAGAUUGUUGCGUCCACGUACACGGGCUGGGUGUUUGGCCUGACGACUGAGCCCGUCGACCGCCAUGUCACGUCAGAGUCCGGCGUCGUCAACCUGUCCAGCGAAUCCCGCGAGAAAAUCGACAAACUCAGGCGUGAGGUAGAGGAGCUACAGCAGGUUGUGGUGCGAGAGAGGGAAGCUUACCAGAACUCCACGCAGAGCGCCUUCCCGGGCAUCUCCGCUGUACCCACGUUCUCCGUCAACGAAAAGAUGUCGCUGAACACCUCGGACGCCUCGUACCUGCUAUGUCUGGAGGUGCAGACUGCCAUCGAUAACGUGCUACUGCAGAGCGACGUACCCAUUGACCUCUUGGAUGUGGAGCGCAAUGCGUCCGUUGUUAGCUACUCCACAUGCGACCCUGAGAGCGGGAACUUCCUGCUGGCGACUUACCGUUGCCAGGCCAACACGACGAGGCUGGAGGUCCGCAUCCGCACCAUCGAGGGACAGUUCGGCAGCCUGCACGCCUACAUCACGCCGCGUCUGCAGCCCAAGUGCUGUCAGGUUCGACAAUUCCACAUCAAGCCGCUGUCGCUGCACUCUCGCAUCCACAACUUCGACACAAUGCGGCCGGUUAGCGUGCUCACGCUCAGAGGCCAGUUCACGCUGCCAGAAAUGCAUGCUUGGGUCUGUUUCUGUUUGCCCGAACUGCCAGAUCGAGCGCCAACUACAGAAACUGCUGAAUUUACCUUCAUAUCAACCUUUUUACAGACUCAGCUGAAUUGUCGCUACCGAGCAGGCGAGGCGGUCUUUAAGUCAGACAANUUUGCACUUGAUAAUCAGGUUUCCCUCAUCGACGCACUACGCGAGCUGGAGGCGCACGAGACAGACACGAGCUUCUUGUCUCCAGAGUAUCAGUACAUCCUGCAGAACGCGGACAACCUUCAGCAGCAGUACCUCAAACAGCCCUGCCAUCUCGAACGUCUAUACGGCAUGAUCACGGACCUCUACAUAGACAAGUAUAAGUUCAAAGGCAUCAACGUGAAGAGUAGAGUGCCUCAGUUGCUUGAAAUACUCGACAACUAUAGCUCUCUGGACCUCCAGCAUCUCAUUAACUUCUUCCAGGCCAGCUAGUCUUCUCUACAAUGAUUAAAUAGGGGUUUUAAAAUUCAAGUUAGUUUUCAGAUUUUUCUCUACUAUUAUUACUGUUAUUUAUAUCGGCAAUCGCUUUUACAUAAUCUUAUACAAAAAGAUAAUCGAAUUAUUCUCUAGUGUAUUUAUUAAUAUCGCUCGUUUUCCAACUAGUCAAUUUAUCACUAUAUUUCUCAUGGUUUUUAAUUUUCCAUUUUCUGCAGUUUGAGUUUUCUACCGCCGAAAAUAUGAUUUCAUAAACUAGAAUUAGUUCUUAUUUCUAUCACCUGACUUGUGUUUAUGUAUAUCAACGGACGUUUCUGUUAUAUCAUAGAGUCAUUUAACCACUUUAUGAAUCCCGCUGUUUAGUUAAUUAGACGCCUCUCUGUACUAAAUGAGAAUAAAUGCACAAAUGAUGAACAGGUGUGAACAACUAGUAAAGUGCAUACAUGUCUCGCUAUAACCAAAUCAGAUUUCUUAAAGUGGUCAAUCAGUCACAAUAUUAUGUGGCAAAUUAACGGACGACUACAGACGUAUAAAUAAAAGUUCGUCAUAAUAA